GCUUUUAUUUUGAAGGCCACUCUCUUCCUCUCGGUCCGUCACAUGACGCAGGGAAGAAAAACACCAGGAAAAGAAAACGACGACCUCAGGACAGGUGAACCCCGUCCCUGCGGCUCCAGACCUUCAGAUGCUCAGACAUGGAUCCAGAUCCAGAUCUCACCAUCGUUCUUCUUGGUAAAACAGGAGUCGGUAAAAGUGCCUCAGGAAACACUAUUUUAGGACGAGCAGCGUUUGAGUCCAAACUGUCCCUCAGAUCUGUGACAAAAGAAAUCUCUGAAGCAACAGGACGAGUGUUUGGGAAACUGAUCAGAGUGAUUGACACUCCAGCAAUAUUAGACACCAAUGAGGACAUUAAAUCCCUCUGUCGGGACGUCCUGAGGUCCUCCAGACCCUGUCUUUUCCUGUUGGUGGUCAGAGUCGGUCGGUUCACUAAAGAGGACCAGAAGGCUCUGAGGACGGCUAUAAAAGCAAUUGGUUCUCAGGGAUUGAAGAGGAGCUACCUGCUCUUCACAGCUGGAGACGACUUGAAGAACACGACUCUGGACGACUUUAUUUUUGAAGAGGAAGAAGGUGAACUGCCACAUGUCGUCAGGAGGAUGGGCGGGGCAUACCAUCUGUUCAACAAUGUGAACAGAGACCAGGAACAAGUCAGAGAGCUGCUGCAGAAGUCAGGCCACCUCAGAGAGUCUCCAGUUCUCCUCAGUACACCUGCUCACAGUUUCUCAGAUACUUGGCAGCUGGUAUGUCCAGGGAGCCAGUUGUGUUGAAGGACAGGAGGAUCGUUCUUCUCGGUCGACCUGGAGAAGGGAAGAGUUCAUCAGGAAACACCAUCUUAGGAUCUGAGAAGUUUAAAUCUGGCUGUGGUUUUAAACCAGUCACGACACAGUGUGUCUCUGGAUCAGCAGAGGUGGAGGGUUGCUGGGUCACAGUGGUGGAUACUCCAGGGUUCACUGAUGAAGUUCAGACUCGUGAACAGCUGUACAUAGAGAUCAUGAAGACAUUUGUUGAGGCCAGUCCAGGACCACAUGCCUUUGUUAUUGUGGUCAAACUAGACAGAGCUGAUGAAGCAGACAUCAGACUGUUUGAGAUUCUGCUCAAACUGUUUGGUCCUGAUGCUUCUAAGUACACCAUGGUUCUCUUUACUCAUGGAGACAGACUCAGAGGUCAGUCUGUUGAUCAGAUGAUCCAGUCCAUAGACUGUAUUUCCAAUCUGGUCUCCAUGUGUGGAGGGAGAUACUGUGUGUUUAACAACGAAGCCAGAAGAGAUGGACAGCAGGUCAGAGAGUUCCUGAAUAAAGUAGAAGAGAUGGUUACAGCUAACAGAGGAGAACACUGCUCCUCUGAGCUGUUCAGGAUGGCUGAGACCUUCAUCAGAGAGGAGAGAAACCUGUUAGAGUUGUCACCUGAAAGGAACCCGUCUGGUUUUCCAGGUGCCGGCAACAGAGCAACAGGUGGCGAACAGAAUGUAAAAGAAACAGUAUGGCAAAAACUAAAGCGAUACCUCCGGCUCUUUCUGAGAUACCUUGGCCUCCUCAGUGUCUAAAUGCGACAGGUUCUUCCCUGGAACCUCCCCUCGCUGCCUCCACCUGGUCUGAUGAAAACCUGCUGAGCAACAAAAGAACAGCUGGAAAUGGAGGAAUCUGUCUGAAUUUUUGUGUGUCUGUCGGCGGUUCACGCUCUGUGGGUGUAUUUCUGAGGACCUCAACAAGUUCAGCAGUCAUGUUCCCCUGACCUAAAUCCAAUUGAGCACCCCUAGGACAUUCACCAAGUCCAGUCACAGACCGUCCCAGAGCUCACUGAUGCCCUGGGAGGACGCCAUCCACGGACUCAUCAGGAGCAGGGCUUUCACUGUACUGAGUAACAUUAUGAGUUUCAGUGAUUUACUGUUAGAGCUCAUACAUAACAUACAAAGUAUAACUAUGUACUGUAUCUGUAUCUGUUUUUGUAUAUAGUUGUGUAUAUCCCAGUAUCCCUCAGAUCAGUUGUAAUUAUAUGUAAAAACAGUAAUUCUGAAUCAUUGUUUCUCUUAAACUCAGUCACAUUGUAACUCAGUAUGAUUUAUUAUUAUUAAUAAUAUACUUUUGUCAUUGAGAAAAGGUUUUGUUUGCUUUUUGUGUGUUUUGUAUCUACAGCAUUUUAUGGAUCAGUUAUCGGUUUUAGAUUAUUUGUGUCUUUUUUUUCGCUUUUGUGUUUAUAUCUUUCAGUAAUAAAUAUAUUUGAAUUGUC